AGAUUAACCAAUAAGAUGGGAAGCAAAGCUGUUGUCUCAGUCUACUUAAUUAUUUCACUGUGUGCUGCCAUCUUUGUCACUCGUGGAGUAGCUCAAAUGCAAAAUCCUCAGGCGAUUCCAGGACUUUUUCCACCUGGCUUAGUACCUAUUGAUCUCGUCAAAUGUUGGUCGUCUCUCUUUACCGUCCAAGGAUGUGUCCUGGCAAUCUCCAACUCAUUUUUUUCUGGAAAAUUUGAAAACGUUGAAGCGGCAUGCUGCAAGGUGUUUUCAACUUUAGAUGCAAACUGUUGGCCUCAUAUGUUUCCUUUGAAUCCUUUCUUCCCUCCUCUCCUCAAGGACAAUUGUGCGCGUAUCACCCCUAACUCCCCUGCACACAACUGAAAGGAACAAUGAUUGUUCGUCUACAGUUUUAGACUAGUAUAUUAGCUUCAAUGUCUAAGUUUUUCAUGUGUGAACUCAAUUAUUAGGAGAGCCCUAUAUUUACCUUUUCCUCAAUAAAGUGAAAUUUUAGCAAUAUCUACAACUCUUGUCAAUGUGUUUUGGUCAC